AUGGAGGUUCUGAAAGCUUCUCCGACGUUCGGCGACAAGGCGGGAAUGGUCGGCUCUCCGGCCUCCGAUCACCUUCGAGGUGGCUGCCGCUCCGGCCGGACAGCAGGUCGCGGUGCAGAUCCUGGUUCGUGGUGUACGUGCUGCGUUGUGACUUGUGGGGAAGAAGGAGAAUUUUCCCCCAACCCCGGCGAAAUCGACGAUGAAUCCGAGGACCCCGACCUGCCCCCCUCUUUCCCUGACCUUGAGCCAGCGAUCAAGACCUCCAUUAUAACCCUAGGCAGCGCCACCUUCCCCACGCUUAAUUGUGGCCGCUUCCCCAAUCUUAACUGGACAAUGGAAAAUAGAACAUACACUAUGAAGUUUUUCGCCACAAGGGAUUCAAUCAUGGCCUUGGCAUCUCUGACCAGUUCGGUUUUCACCAGGAUGUGUAUCAACACACAAUAG